AUAAUGAUCUGAUUGAGAGUGGCGAAGAAACGGAGACUGGAGCGACUCGAGGGGUAGGGCAAGACGGCGCUGGACCAAGAAGGAUUCAAGGUACGGUAGAGCCGUCGAUGACCUAAUUUCAGCGCACUUGCUGAAUCCCUUAAAAUCAGUGUCCCGAGCGCAAAUCAUGCAGUUGCUAGGCGGGCAAGCUGCAUUUGCCCGAAUUCUGGCACAGCACCUCCCUGGUGCACGGCAGCUACUGGCUGAUGAUGAAGAUGAAGGCUUCACAGGCUACGGAUACCCACGUCCACGCCGAGGUGCCAAGGGCGAAUAUCCAAAGGUCCCUAGCGAUACAGGGCGAGGCCUAAUGAUGUCGGGAGUUUUUGGCCGGAACGAAUCAUUUUCCGGGACGAUGAGGCGAAGGAACAAGGUUGCUAGUAGGCUGCUACAGAGGGAGCUUGGGCUGGCAAACAAUGGGCGACAGCGAGAUACCAAUAGAUUAAUUUCUCAAGAUUUGAUACCCUCUUCAAAAGCAGACACCAUUAUACACUAUGGCAGCAGAUGCUAUUCUGGGCAGUUUUCCGAUGAUGGUAACUUUUUUUUCUCAUGCGCACAAGAUUUCAGAGUGCGCAUGUACGACACAUCGAAUCCUUAUAGGUGGAAGUAUUACAAAACCGUGCUCUAUCCUUCCGGUCAAUGGACGAUCACCGAUGCCUCUCUGAGUCCAGACAACAAGCUACUUGCCUACAGUUCAAUAAGAAACGUUGUGUGUCUCGCCCCUACAGACCCUGGAGAGACUGGAGAUCCGUGGCAUUUGGACUUCUCCGAUAAUCGUGACUUUCUCGGAAGCUUUGGCAUAUGGUCCAUUCGGUUUUCUGGGGAUGGUCGAGAGAUUGUUGCAGGCACAUCUGACCAGACCGUUCGCGUAUAUGAUAUUGAGAGUCGGAGAACGGUGUUAAAAGUCCGUGGACAUGCCGAUGAUGUGAACGCUGUUUGCUUUGGAGAUUCCUCGUCUCCACACAUCCUGUACUCUGGCUCGGACGAUACCACGCUGAAAGUCUGGGACCGCCGAAGUAUGGGCGAUAAUCGCGGAGCUGGUGUCUUCCUUGGUCAUACGGAAGGCCUUACUUAUGUCGACAGUAAAGGAGACGGCAGAUAUGUGCUCAGCAACUCGAAGGAUCAGACUAUGAAACUUUGGGAUCUUCGAAAAAUGUCAAGCCCUGACAAGUUGGAUAAUUUUGAUCCAACAGAGUAUAGCACAGGCUUCGACUAUCGAUUUGAACCUUAUGUAGAGGACGACUAUACACCUCAUCCACGCGAUGGCUCUCUUGUUACAUUCCGAGGACACCGAGUCCUCAAAACGCUCAUCAGAUGCCACUUCUCCCCGCCAGGUAGCACGGACUCACGUUAUGUGUAUUCUGGAAGUGAAGACGGGUCUGUCUAUGUUUAUAAUAUGGAUGCGACUUUGGCUGGCAAAAUUGACGUCAAUGAAGCUACGCGGACGGCCAAGGGCGAGCGAUUACGAUCUCGCCAUGGUUCUGGCGCCUGGAAAACAUGCGUUCGAGAUGCAAGCUGGCACCCGUACGCACCUGUUAUUGCCGCGACUUCAUGGAAUGGCUGGCGCAUGGCAUCGGGAACCUGCACCCUACACUCUUGGAAUGACGGAAUGGAAGAUGACGAGGCUGAGCCCAAGAUGGGAACAUGGUUGGACUCGAAGCUUCAGGACAACGAGGACGAAUCUUUUAGACCGACCAGCGGCGGUGUCCAUACUCGCUCAUGGGCUAGGGCGCAUGUUUUGGACGAGGAUGAUGAAGACAGCGAAGAUGAUUUUUAUUGA